AUGAUUCUUCUUGUAUCAGUAGUUCUGUCGUCAGCCUUCCCACUCCUCGCCAUAUCGGACAACCUAAAAUUGCUGAGCACCAGCUUGAGGACACUGGAGAAGUCCGCCUGCGAAGAGUUGGACCUAUCCUGCCCAGAAGGUACUUCGAUAUCUCUUCUUUCGGCCAAGUACACCGAAGGGGUCGUCUGUCCCGGCGCUUCCACCACCUGCCAGCUCCCAAGCUCACUACAAUACUCUCUGUUGCAGACAGCUGUCGAGAAGUGCCAGAAGAAGAAGUUCUGCAAGCUGGAACCGCCGAUCCAAGGGUUCAACACAGACCCUUGCCCAGGAUUGCCAAAGCACCUUCACGUACACUAUACUUGCAGGCCAUAUGAGUUCCGGAGCAAGACGGCCUGCGAGAACGAGCUGGUGCAGCUGCAGUGCGGCCCCAAUUCCAGACUGGCCAUCUACUCGGCCUCGUACGGGAGGACUCAGUACGAGAGCAUCCAGUGCCCUCAACCCCAGGGGGUACCUGAAGAGACUUGCAUGGCCAGUUACACCACAGAGACAGUGAUAAAGCUGUGCCAUGGAAAACGCCGCUGCGCGCUGACCGCAGAUACGGUAACCUUCGGAAGCCCUUGCAAGAGGGAAUCGAAGAUAUACCUCAAAGUCGUUUACACUUGCGUUCCCAGGCAAGUUCUGUCAGUCAAGUACCAAGUAAGGCCCGAGGAAGACGAAGCGCUUGAACAGAACAACGAUUGGACGUAUCACGAAGAGGGAUUCGCUGCUCCCAACACUAUCGCCCAUAAUGAAUCAGCCAAUCUAUUUAUUGGAGAUAUAUUGCCGACAUACGAACCAGACGAUGGAGAAGUUUCAGGAAACGUGCACCAAAUGACCUUGUACCUCGCAUUGAGCGCUGGAGGGUUGCUGGCUUGCCUGCUGACGGUGGUUGCAGCUAGAGUAUCCUGCACUCACCGCCAACAGCUCCCUCCGAUAGAUCCUCAACCUACGGUUACCGAGUUACCUGACCAAGUAACUGAGGUAGUUAGAUUCACCGAAGAAGUACCUCGAAGUUUAGCUACUUCUGAUCCUCUUCAGUUCUUCGGAUAAAUGGUCAAUCCCUCAUACUCAACUCCAAGUGCCUGAUAAAACUCAAUGUCUAUACUGUAAAAAAUAAAUUUUAAAUAUUCGUCACAAUGUACAAAUAAAUUG